AUGCAAGCGGCACAGGUUCUCGCAUUGGCUUUGCCCAAUGUGGUUCCAGUGAAUGUUCGCAAUGGUGUUCUUCAACAUUUACUUCAAGAUAUUCAAGCUAAAGGAAAUCAUGUCUCGACAGGUAUUGUCUCCACAGCUCAACUGUAUCCAUUACUAUCGGAUAAUGGUCAUCAUGAUCUUGCUAUGGAAUUGAUUACAUCGAUCACUUACCCAUCGUAUGGUUUCAUGUUUAACAAUCCGUAUGAAAAUGCCACAACUAUCUGGGAAUUAUGGAAUGCACCAUUCGAAGGGCCGAGCAUGAACUCUCGUAAUCAUCAUAUGUUUGCAAGUGUCGGUGCUUGGUUCUAUUCACAUUUAGCCGGUAUUGAUCUUCAGUCGGACUUGAUUGUUAUUCGUCCACGAAUGAUCUCUGAAGAAAAGAAACAUCUUCUAAGUAAAAUUGAUUGUCAAUUGAGCACAUUGUAUGGCUUAGUCCAUAUUUCUUAUACUCGUGAUGAACAUGAUACAUUUGCUAACUCCAUUUUACUUCGAAUCACCAUUCCAGCCAACGCUGAAGCGAAAGUAGUUUUUGAACCAUUAUUUCCCGAUGCUAAAUGUGUGACUGUCACCGAAGGUAAUGAAGUGAUUUGGUCUGUUGCUGACAAACGAAACAGUGUCAUCGAAGAUCCUCAAACUGGUCUGAUGACUGUUCACAUUGGUUCCGGUUCCUACGAAUAUCAAGUCUUUUGGAAAUAA